UGUCCGGAGCAGAGGCUAGCGCCCGCCCGCUCGGCGCCCCGAGCCGUGAGAACCCCACCCUGCCGGGCGUGGGCGACGGCCGGCCGGGGGCGCGCGGAGCAGCCGUCGCGGGGCCUCGCCGCGGCCUCCAGCGCCCCAGUCACGGGGAAUGCAGUGGUCCCCGACCCCUGGCGCCUCUGCGUGUCUGGGCUGGGCUUCCUCGCUCGCCUGCUCCACGGCCCCGACGCUCCUGGGCCGAGCCGGCCGGGGCCCCCUCAUGGCGGCCAAGUGGUUCAAGGAGUUCCCCCUGAACCUGAAGACCGUGUCGGAGCGGGCCAAGCCCGGGGGCGGCGGCGGCAAAUUGCGCAAGAACUCGGAGGCGGGCGGCGCUGGGCCGGGUCCUGGCAAGGGCCGCAAGAACUCGGCGGCCGAGCUGGGGAGCGGCAGGGCCGGCGUCGGCCCCAAGGACAGCCGGCUGUCCCGCGACAGCCUGCAGGGUCUGAUUCAGGCCGCCGCGGGCAAGGGCCGCAAAAACUCCCGGGCCACGGAGGAGGAGCCCCACCGGGGUGCAAGCAAGAGCUCGGGCUGCAGCACCUACAUCAACAGGCUCAUCAAGGUGGACACUCAGGAGAAGAACGGGAAGAGCAACUACCCCAGCAGCAGUAGCUCCAGCUCCAGCUCCUCUUCCUCCGCGUCCUCUUCCCCUUCCUCCCUGGGGCCCGAGCUGGACAAGGGCAAGAUUAUUAAGCAGCAAGACACGGUCAUCAUUUUAGAAGACUAUGCUGACCCUUAUGAUGCCAAACGGACAAAGGGUCAAAGGGAUGCAGAGAGAGUCGGAGAGAACGACGGUUACAUGGAACCAUAUGAUGCACAGCAAAUGAUAACAGAAAUUAGACGACGGGGUUCCAAAGAUCCCCUGGUGAAGGCUCUCCAGCUGCUUGACAGUCCCUGUGAACCCGCAGACGGUGGCCUGAAGUCAGAGACCUUGGCCAAAAGACGGAGUUCCAAGGACCUCCUGGGGAAGCCGCCACAGCUAUACGACACUCCCUACGAGCCUGCAGAAGGGGGGCCCAGGGCAGAGGGGAAGGCGCGGCCCCCAGACAGCCGGCUGCCCGAGAACGACGAGCGGCCCGCGGCAGAGUACGAGCAGCCAUGGGAGUGGAAGAAGGAGCAGAUCGUGCGGGCUCUGUCAGUCCAGUUUGAAGGAGCUGAGCGACCUUCCCUCAGGGAGGAGACAGUGAGGCAGCACCACCGGCAGAAGAGCUGGACCCAGAAGAUCCUGAAGCCAGCCCUCUCGGACCACAGUGAGGGAGAGAAAGUGGACCCGGGCCUGCCCCUGGAGAAGCAGCCCUGGUAUCAUGGUGCCAUCAGCCGUGCUGAGGCUGAGAGUCGACUACAGCCCUGCAAAGAAGCUGGUUACCUGGUUCGAAAUAGUGAGUCAGGGAACAGCAGGUACUCCAUUGCCCUAAAGACUAGUCAAGGAUGUGUCCACAUCAUAGUGGCUCAGACCAAAGACAACAAAUACACACUGAAUCAGACAAGCGCUGUGUUUGACAGCAUCCCUGAAGUGGUACACUAUUAUUCCAAUGAAAAGUUGCCUUUCAAAGGGGCAGAACACAUGACUUUACUCUACCCAGUGCACAGCAAGCUUCACUAAGAUUCAGCCACUGCAAGCCCUGGGCCUCUGGCACCUUCAAGGGCAUCAUCAGCGCACAACCAGCAUCUCAGAGGACAAGGCUGGACUAGCAACUGCUAGAAAAUGGGAGUCUUCCUUGAAAAGUCAGAGAGUGAUUUGUUUUGUUUUGUUUGAGACAAAGUCUCGCUGUGUUGCCCAGGCUGGAGUGCAAUGGCGCGAUCUUGGCUCACUGCAACAUCUGACUCCUGGGUUCAAGCAGUUCUUCCCCCUCAGCCUCCCAAGUAGCUGGGACUAUAGGUUCGCACCACCACUCCCAGCUAAUUUUUUUUUUUGUAUUUUUAGUAGAGAUGGGGUUUCGCCGUGUUGGUCAGGCUGGUCUCAAACUCCUGACCUCAAAUGAUCCACCCACCUCAGUCUCCCAGAGUGCCUGGAUUACAGGCAUGAGCCACUGCACCCGGCCAAGUCUUUGGUCUUAAAGUGAUUCCAUGACACUUUGUUUGUGGCCUGUCCCUUGUUUCCUUGCUAAGUAGUUCUACAAUAAGAAAUCAUGAUUUAGCUGUUGCCUCCAGCUCUGGGGUAGGGUGUUCUUUUUAUGGUGUGACCCUCAGGAAAGUUAAGUCAGGAGUUCAGGAGCAUCAGAGUUCUCUAGAAAUGUGCCUACUUGUUACCUGGAAUACCUGGUCUCUAAACAAACCAACAAAAAAUCCACGUGGCUUUUCCACAUGAUGGUGCAGACUGGAAGAGGAUGUUAUAUUGGACUCGUUAUUGGGGAAAUGAAUGAGCAGGAGAAAAUGUGAAUGACGGGCAAGAAGGUGGUCUUUCUCCCUCAGAAGUCCUAAUUCAGCUCUGGAGUUCAUGGAAAUCCGCAACUUCAGAGUGUGGCCUAAGGAUUAUUUUGUUGGUCAGCCUUUCCAAGAAAGUGUGUGUUCUCUCAAUCUCUGUGGAUUUUCUCAUUUUUUAGCAAAUCAGUGAGAUAAGCAUAAAUAGGAAGGAAGAUACCCCAGGUUUAAGAAUCACCAAUAUCAUUAGGCAUUGGCAUCAUUAUUAGAAUUCUGAAUUAUAGAAUAAAAGGUACAACAAAGAUUUCAUUUCUGAAUUUUAAAAUUCUGGAAAUUUGCAAAGCUCCACAACUGUUUUUUUACUGAAUUAAUUACAUAGAACUUCGAUGUCUUUUGUUUCAUCAUCAUUGGGCAUUUUAGUUGCUAUGGAAUAAUUUUUAAUUUUUGUCUCUAAAAUUAGAUUUGCUUUGUGUUUGUAGUAAAUUUUUUAAAAAUGCAACCCUAAGAUCUGAUUAUAUGAACUGGGUCUCUAAAGCCCACAAAGAUUCUCUCGUUCUGUACCAAGCAGACUGCCUUGUACUAUACAGAAGUGUUUGAAAAGACCUAGAGGUUUUCUCUUAAAUACCAUUACUUAAGAUUCAUAGUAUUAGGAUCUUUAUGAUUUAUCAUGAGCUUAUAUCACCAGUUUAUUUACUGUGAAAAAAAACCAUGGGAAUGGCAUACUGUGAGAAGAGUACUAUGGUGAGUGGCUCCAGAAUUAAAAUUCAGCAGAUGUGUCUGUAUUCUGGGGUUGGUCAUUUGGGUCUCAAAACUGCCCCAUAUGCAAAUGUACUGACUGUCAUCAAUGAAAAGUUAACCUUUGUAGCUUAUAAAUACACACAAAAUGUUGAUUUGGUUAAUUUUUUAGGAAAGUAUACCUUUGUAGUUACUAGUUACAUUUGACUAUAAGAUUUAGAGGUUAGUAAAUUUUUGCUUCUUUAUUCAGAUAAGAUCUCAGCCAAAAGGUUGUGUGAUCUUUGAUUUUAAAAAUUUAAGAGGAACUUUUCCUCACUGGAACACAAUGAUUUUAUUAAUAAAGAAUGUAGGCUGGGUGCAGUGGCUCAUGCACGUAAUCCCAACAGUUUGGGAGGCUGAGGCAGGCAGAUCACGUGAGGUCAGGAGUUUGAGACCAGCCUGGCCAACAUGGUGAAACCCCGUCUCUAGUAAAAAUACAAAAAUUAGCUGGGCACGGUGGCGGGCACCUGUAGUUCCAGCUGCUUGGGAGGCUGAGGCACAAGAAUCACUUGAGCCCAGGAGGUGGAGGUUGCAGUGAGCCAAGACUAUGUCACUGCACUCCAUCCUGGGUGACAAGAGCGAAACUCCAUCUCAAAAAAAAAAAAAAAAAAAGCCUGGCCUGGUGGUGGAUGCCUGUGGUUCCAGCUAUUCGGGAGGCUGAGGUAGGUGGAUCACCUCUGCUCAGGUGAAGGCUGCAGUGAGCCAUGAUCGCACCACUGCACUCCAGCCUGAGUGACAGAGUGAGACCCUGUCUCAACAAGCAAGCAAACAAAAAACCAAAAGGAAUGUUUUUUUCAAAUACUGAUAGAAUGUUUUCAGUGUGUAUUGGUUCAUUUACUAUAUCUUUAGUGUAAGAUUUUAAAAGGUUUUUUCAGCAUCCAUUCAACAAAUAUUUAUUAUCUUUAUACAAAUUAUUCAUUGUGUUAAACUUAUUUUUAGUUUAACAUUCUAGAAAUGAAACAUUUUUACUUAACCUUAUUCUACAAAGGGAAUACAGCAGUUAUUCUAAUUUUAAUAAAUGCUAAAAGCUUUAUACAAUUUUUCUUUGUGCACUAAAUGAUUUUUGGCCCAUACCCAGCAACUGUGAUGAAUGUAUAAUGAAAUAACAUCUUGAAAACAGGCCAGAUACAUUAAGUAUUUAUUGAGCUUCUGUCAUAUGCCCAGUAUUAUGCUUCUUCUAUACUGUUUCUCUGUGACAAGUCAUACUAUAUUCUUUAUAGAAUUAAAAGUAGAGGAGAGGCAGAGUUUAUAUAUUGUCCAGUUGCUUUACAGUUGUACAGGAGGUUAUAAGAAGAAAUAUAGUAAAUUAGUGGGAAGUCAGAGGUGGGGGCGUUAGUGAGCUACUAUUUUCUUCUUGAGGUUGUGACACAAGCUGACAAAAGCCAGGGAGUUCACAGCUGUGUGGUGGCACAAAGUUCCAUAUGUUCUAAAAACAAUUAGGCCCAGCAGGGUGUCCCUAAUGGCUUCCUUGUUAAACCUCCAUGGCCAGCUGAUCUGAAGCUCUGUGACAUGUUCUCUGAGCUCUGAAUGCUCUGGCUUUUUGUCAUUUUGUCUUGAGACAAGUAUUUUCCUGUAGUCCUCAUUCCUUCAAGUUAUUCCAUCUCCCAGGAUAUUCUCUGGUGAGAAGAAUGUCUUUCAGUGAAUUUGCCUUGAAUUUAGCAUCCAUAGAGCUGUGUCAGUGUUCUUCUUGAUCACACCUUCUUUAAAAAAAUACUCUGCUUGCGAUGACUGGACAAGUUCAGUUGGUUAGUUUCAGGCCUAUAAGAAGAGAGAGUAAAGGACCUUGCUAUUUACUUUAAUACCAUAGUUGUAUCUCAGGAUGACCUGCAAACCACUGGCCUUGUGUGUAUUUAAGCUAGGAAUAAAAUAAUGGAGAAGUGUUAAUAUGUAUACAAAAAGGUAAAUAUUGAUAUACCUACUCUCUGUUGGGGGCAGAAGUGUCAUUUUAAGUUAUUCAAAGCACUUUCUUAAGCAUUUUAGAAAGCCUUUAUUCUUUGCUGUUGGAAGUCUCCGUACUUUGCAGAAUUGGUAUUUGUGUACCAGCCUCUGCCGCAGGAUGGGGAGGUGGGCAGGUAGCUGAUAGGGGCAGCCAGGAGUUUUUGAGGCAGGUGGUGGGAAAUUGUCCUAAUUUGUUAAUUGGAUUAUGUAACUCUGUUACUAGUCUGUUAUUGGCUGUUGUUACUGGAUGCAUCUUGAUAUUCAGAAGAAUAACUGUGAGGCAUUCUUCAGUUGCUGGUUAAGUGGGGUUAGUUUCUGUUCUGUCAGAUGCCCUUUUUCAGUCAAAGGUUAGCCCCUUGUUUCUCCCUCCUUCCAGGGUUUAGGGACUGCAGUGAUGUCGAUUUCAUUUCCCUUCCCCGCACCCCUUGACACUCAGCAGGAUUGCACUGAAACCCUUCACAGAUUUCUUGUUCACUAGUUGUCUCCUAUUUUUCCAUAACCAGCACUAGUUUGGCCUUAUGACCUGGUUAGAAUCACUCUUCUGUAUUCUCAUUUCCAAUUUUUGUGCCCCACUAACGUGGACUAGAGAAACUUGGCCUGCUGUGCAGUGGGCCUUCUGUUCAACUUACCCUCCACCGCUGACCCUGUGUGAAGAAAGAUGGUGCGUUACUGCCAUCUAAUGGAAAAAGAGAAAACUGCAGUUGGGAAAAGCGCUGUGCAUUUAAGGGUAGGGCUUUCUGAAGGAUUUCUGAUACAGUCCAGAAAAGGGAAAAUGAUGACACAGCAGUUGCCAUCUUGAAAAAUGCCCUUUCCUGCGGAAAGGGUGUUUUGAAGUCUAAUACAACUAUCAUCACAAGGUCCCUGGACUAAGGCUGGAUCGUGUAAUUUAGAAUCUCAAAUUGUAUUUUAAUUAAUAUGCUGGCAACAGAAUCAUUGAAACAGGCAUCUCAUUUUGUCAAGUUCUUAGCCGUUCAGUUUGUCAGGGGCUUUAAUAUUUUAGAUAUCAACUAAUACAUAGUUUCAACUUUUAAAAAUAUUUGAAGAUUGUAUGUAAUAUAGGUGCCUAUCUAUAGUGCCUUAGUAAUUUAAAUCAGAAAUAUUUUAUAAAACUUCUGGUUGUUUUGCAGUAGCCAAUAUAGGCUUCAUGCCCUCCUGAAGAUGGUUUCCUCUGAAAUGUAACUUUAAAUAAACAUUAUUCCAAGAAAACUA